AUGCACUUCUUUAAAUUCUUGCUAAUAAUAACUUCUCUCUUCUGUUCAACCAUUGCGCAUCGGGGACCCCAUCCCAGGGCAAGCAAAGCCGAUCUCAUCCGCCGAGGAAAGCUAGCUCACCGUUGCUCCAGUCACGUUGCGCGCUUCAACGAAAAGCGAUGGGAACAGAAUCUCACCAAGCGCUCGGAUUCCGCCGCCACAUACCAAAUUACGACCGAGGCUCCCUACUACGAUGCCAUCCACAAUGACACUUGUGUUCUCUCUGCGGAUGUCACUUCCGGUCCGUAUAUCUGGCCACGCUCACAGACCUUACGUCAGGACAUGAGUGAGGGCCAGCCAGGUAUUCCAUUGUGGCUAGACAUUGGGGUCAUGGAUAUGGCGACUUGUGCGCCUCUCGAAGGCGUACUAGUGGAUCUUUGGCACUGCAAUGCGACCGGCAGUUACUCGAGUUUUACUGGUAUACCGGCGGACAUAACCUAUGGUCAAUAUGUGAAGCAGGAGAACUUGACCAAUGUGAAGUUCGGCGUCACCGAUUUGCAUACUGAUAACACUACCUUUUGUCGUGGAAUGUGGCCAACCAAUGGCAAUGGCAUUACGGAACUGAAAACGAUUUUCCCUGGGUUCUACGCUGGAAGGGCGAUUCAUGUUCAUGUCCAAAUCCACACCGAUUGGUCUAUCCGCGAAAACGGCACCAUGGCCCACGGAAAUACCGUGAGUACGGGGCAGCUGUACUUCGAAGAGAACCUAGUAGAGAGGAUCAUGGCCGAGGAGCCUUAUGUACUCCACACAGGAGUACAUCGUGUCACCAAUGGCGAAGACCACGGGAUUUCGAGGAGCUUCGAAGGAGGUUUCAGCCCAAUGAUCUCCGUGGUUCCAGUUGAUGGCAAGGAUGUCACCAAAGGAAUGGUCGGAUACAUCACUCUCGGGGUUGAUACGGAGGCAGUCCAAUCGAAGACUUGA